AUGGCCUCGGUCUUCGUUCCCGUUCUGUACCUUGUCCUUGUCAUCGGCAGUCUCGGAAUCUUCAGUUAUUUCUACCGCAAACGCGCCGCCAAGAGACAAUUGGAACCUUAUUUCCCCUCGCAUGUGGAGCGAAACCAGUAUAUUACCCUCCUACAACAGACCGAUCCACCUGCAAAUGAGACGCUCCUUAAAGCUGCUCUGCUCCGCCGCGCGGUAGCUGACGUCCAGCGAAUCCUUAAAAUCCGUGAAGACAAGCCCGCAUUGCAGCUCUUGCUGCAGAAGGGAUCUGUUGGAGACGAUCUAUGGAACAGUCUAUUGGCGGCGGAAAAGGAGAUGGAAGCAGAGAUUCUGGAAGUCGUGGCUGAGGCGAAUACAUUUGUCGAGGGUUGGGGUCAGAUAAUCUUCCAGACCGCUAGCGAGAUGAUAAACAACGAGAAAAUACGGGGCGUGAUCGAAGCGUCGGCCAAGGCAAGGGCGGAGAAGGAGGCAAAGUAUGGCAAGCAGACGAAGAAAGCGAUCGCGGCAGGACCCGAGACCCUCCCUCAAUCCCCUAAGCCAUCAGCCCCUCUUCAGCCUGCAAGCCCGCCAUUGGCGAAUGCGAAUGGCCUUACACCACCGUCUGCCCCAGGUGCUGACAGUGGGAACGAGAGCGAGAGAACGCGUUCGCCUUCACCUUCGUCGCCUAAGUCACCUUCGAAAUCUUCCAAUAAGAAGGGCAAGAAGCGGAAGUAG